CUCUGGGAACCGCGCCCCCAGCCAUCCCGAGCUGCUCAGGAACCCCGCUCAGGAACCCGAGAGUCAGCUGAGCGGCACCUGCCUCUGGCCCUUGCAGGAGGAGCUGCGAGAUGCGGGCGUCCGGGGCGCCAGCCUCCUCUCCCUGCCGCUCCCCAAUCCCCGCCCCACCCUCUGCUGGGCUCUGAAAACGCAAGCCUUCCCACAACAGUUUAAGAUCGGCGGCAGGACUGCAGCCAGGCGGCGGCGGCGCCGAGCUUUCGGCAGAGAGCAGCGGCUCGGCGCGCUCCAGCUUCCCGGGGAAGGCCGGGCGCUCAGCCUGGGCAGCUGGAAGAGCAGCGGAGCCUCGGGCUGAGCGAGAGGGAGAGCAGGGCGUCUGCCUGUGGGUGACUGACCGUGGGGGCCGACUGUCAGCUUCUGGGCGGAGGAGAGGGCAGGGGGUUGAGGCAGAGCCCUCUGGGUGUCCCCGCCCGCUCCUGCUCGCCAGCGCCCUUCACCAUGGACUUGCGCGGAGUUGGGAUGGACCACUGCAGCCACCCGCAUCUGGCUGUCGGGCCCCGGGACUCGGCAGGUAGGCGCGCGUGGAUGGCGAGGUAGGAUGGCCGCGCAGCGCGAUCCCCGGCGUCCCCCCGCAGCGGUCCCCGGGCGGUGCUGCUGACUCUCGGAGCGCACAGGGGUGUGGGCGGAGGCCGCCCAGCCGCGCCGGCGCCCGCGCCUUCGCCAGUCGCUUCGCCUCUUCCACCCACUCGCACCUGCCGCUGGGCGGAUACCAUGUCGAAGGCGGCUGCAGGAGCGGCGGCGGCGGCGGAAAGUUGUCCCUCGGCUCCGGCCGGCGUGUCUGCAGCGGCCGGCGUGGAGGAUCUGUCUAAAGUGACGGAUGAAGAGCUGCUGCAAUGGAGCAAGGAGGAGCUGAUCCGCAGCCUGCGGCGCGCCGAGGCCGAGAAGGUGAGCGCGAUGCUGGACCACAGCAACCUCAUUCGCGAGGUCAACCGCCGCCUGCAGAUGCAUCUCGGCGAGAUCCGGGGGCUCAAGGAUAUUAACCAGAAACUCCAGGAAGACAAUCAGGAACUGAGGGACCUGUGUUGUUUCCUGGAUGAUGACCGGCAGAAAGGCAAGAGGGUGUCCCGGGAGUGGCAGAGAUUGGGUCGCUACACAGCUGGAGUGAUGCACAAGGAAGUGGCCUUAUACCUGCAGAAGCUGAAGGAGCUGGAGGCGAAGCAGGAAGAAGUGGUGAAGGAGAACAUGGAGCUUAAGGAGCUCUGCGUGCUGCUGGAUGAGGAGAAGGGAGCGGGCUGUGCGGGCAGCCGCUGCUCCAUCGACAGCCAGGCCAGCCUGUGUCAGCUGGUGGCCUCAGCUGCCCCGUAUGUGCGGGAUGUGGGAGAUGGCAGCAGCACCUCCAGCACCGGCAGCACCGACAGCCCUGACCACCACAAACACCACGCCAGUGGGGGCAGCCCGGAGCACCUGCAGAAGACCCGGAGCGAGGGCAGCCCAGAGCACACCAAACACAGGAGCACUAGCCCUGAACAUCUACACAAGCCCAGGGCUUCCGGGACCCCAGAUCACCCCAAAGCACUGAAAGGACCCAGCCCUGAGCAUCACAAGCCCUUAUGCAAGGGUAGCCCAGAGCAGCAAAGGCACCCCCAUCCAGGGAGCAGCCCAGAAAUGCUGCCCAAGCACGUGCUGAGCGGGAGUCCAGAACAUUUCCAGAAGCACAGGCCAGGGGGCAGCCCGGAACAUGCCCGGCACAGCGGAGGGAGCCCCGAGCAUCUUCAGAAACAUGCCCUUGGGGGGAGCCUGGAGCACCUCCCCAGACCCAGGGGGACUAGCCCAGAACAUCUCAAACAGCAUUACGGGGGCAGCCCCGAUCACAAACCUGUAGGUGGCAGCGGAGGCAGCGGCGGGGGCAGCAGGGAAGGCACCCUCCGGCGGCAGGCUCAAGAAGAUUCAUCACCCCAUCACCGGACCGUCUACAGUGGCAUGAACGAAUCAACCUUGUCCUAUGUUAGGCAGCUGGAGGCCAGAGUCAGACAGCUGGAGGAAGAAAAUCGCAUGCUGCCCCAGGCCACCCAGAAUAGAAGUCAACCUCCAACUAGAAACAGCUCAAAUAUGGAGAAAGGCUGGGGGCCCAGAGCCCGGCGGGUCUUGCAGUGGUGGCAAGGGUGCCGAGGAAUAGGACGAUGCCUGCCCUCUUUCCCGGGUUCUUUUAGGUUGUCAUCAGGGGCUGAUGGGAAUAACAGUUCACCCAACUCUCCAGCUAGCUUCAGUGGACAUACCACACCUUCUCAGCAGCCUGAACCCGUGGUACAUUCUCUUAAGGUCUUGGAUGUUCAGGAAACUAUAGAUCGCCAACAGGGUAAAGAGUAUGACCAUGACCUUAGUGAGACAGAAAAAGCUAUAGUCAGAGAAAUGUGCAAUGUUGUGUGGAGGAAACUUGGAGAUGCUGCAGGCUCAUGUCCUGGAAUUAGGCAGCAUUUGUCAGGAAACCAGUACAAAGGACCUAUGUGAGAAGCACCCCCUUCAAACACGAGAUCACCACUACUAGAGAAAGAAAGGAAGAAAAAGAUGAAAGUUGAUUUCUACAAACUGGGACUCAUGGCAUCACAUGGAGUGAUUGUACAUUGCACAUACCUUCCCUCUAAAUCCUUCAGUGCACCUUCCCCCAAACGCUAACACGCGCUAUCCAUCUCACCUUAGUGCUCACAGCAGUCUCAAGGUAGCUUUGGAAAAUCAUUUUAGUACAAAUAUUUUCAUGUCAGCUGAGAUGUUUUCGACUCUCCACAUCUAUGAUUGAUACAUUGGUAAUCUGCAUGGUUGGAUGAGUCCAGUAGAGCCUCUGUGGCUUCAGUAGAGGUGGUUCAUUGUAUCUAAUAGUAGGAACUUUCUACUGCGUGGAAGACGUGAAGAAGCAUUUCCAAGCACAGAAGCCUGGGUUGGGAAGCUCCUAUAUUUCAGUUGAGGAGAGAUUGCUUCCUGAUACAUAAUUAGUUGGAUGCAAGAUCAUAUUUGGUUUCUCUUUUGAAUUCUGAGGUGCUAAAAAAAAAAUCACAAAUUCUUUUACCAGCUAGAGAGGUAGGAAGGAUUUUUAGAGUGCUUAGCAGAGAGUAAUUUUUUUUCAGUUGGUCAAAAUAAAUAAUUUAAUUUUGAUGAGUUGUUUAUAACAGCAUGUCUUGGGGUCACACAACGCUCCAUAUAUAUUGAGCAUAUCAGUGUCAGCUAACAAGGAAACCAACAUAAUUUUUCUAAGUGUUUUGAGCUGUGAGAUUGUCUGUUUCUACAAUUUAGUUUCUAGACAUGCUGUAUAUUGAAUAAACUUUAUGUGAAAUUUAAAUCUUGCACUGCACUAUGAAACAGGAGCUUUUCUUUGCCUAUUUACUGCAGCUAUCUGAUGUCUCAUGAAGCUAACGCAUGUCCAUUAUUGAGGCUAAAAGCUCUUGUUCAGAUUGCUUGAGAUGUGUGCUAGCUUUGCUAGUUUUCUAACUUUUGGUAUAGAUGUAUAAUAUUAGGAUGUGUGUACUGGAAAUGCUAUGAUAGAUAUUUUGUGCUUAUGUAAUACCAAUGAUAGUUUCUUGUAUGAAUGUGCAAGAGGCCUGUGACAGAAUGCUGUUUUUACUGUAGUUUAAGAUUAUAAAGGUAGGGAUGCAACAAUUCCUGGGUAUUUUCUAAAUUUAUGAUUUGAUUCACAGUUAAUAUUCUUUGUUGUUUAUAAAUGGACUUAUUGUAUAAUUGUAUAGCAUAUUAAUGGUAUUGGCAGGGGAAUGAAAAGAAAUUUUGUUAUAGUAAAAGAGUGUAAUUGUGAUUUUUAAAAACUGUCCUCUAUUUUCUGAAAAUACUUAUGAGUUCAUCUAAUAUAGAAGAAUCUUUCCAAUUACCAUAGCUGGGUUAUAAUUUAAGAAUCUUCCUUUAAAAUGCUAUAUUUUUUAGUGUCUUAUGAAAAAAUUGUUUCCUAUGUAUGAGUAUACCUUCCUGCAUAGAAACAUCCUUCAAUUGUUGUAUUCCUACAGUCUAAAGUCUGUAGGAAUUUUAAAAGUCUAAAGACAUUUAAACAAGUUUCUGUGUUUGCGGCAGAACCUGCAGUAGCGAAUACAAAGGACAUUGGUCUUUUGACAAAAUACUUGUGUAAAUUUUGAUACUGUAUUAAAACUAUUUUUUUAAUGUUCCACAUUAAAUUGAGUAUUAAGUAUAUGUGAUCAUCUUAGCAACAGUAAUAAAUUAUUUAAUCUCACAGUAUUUCUGUUGUUUUGAAGUGUUCUUCCUAAAUGGAGUAGAUUUCUAAUAGUCCCUGAAUAUCAUUAUGCUUUAUGUAGGUAUGAUACAAUAGUAGUAUAUAUGACUAAGUACAGAAGAAAUACACAAAUGUUUAUUUAAAAUAUGCUAAAAGGGACUUGAUAGUCAGAGACAUCUUAAUUUAUACAACUGUCCAUUACAGUGUCUAUGAUAAUGGUUUAGUGACAGUUGAAAAUUUGUAGUAAAAUUCUUACUCUUCAAACUUUUACUUGGAAGGGAAAUACUAGAAUAACUUUUAAAAUAAUUAGUUAUUUUACAUAUUUGAGGAAAAAUGUAUAGUAGUACGGACUUAUGCCAUUUUAAAUAACAGUAGCACCAUUCUAUGGGAUCAGUUUUAUAAAUUUACUCUCUAAUCAUUCCUGCAGCAAAGGCUAAUUUACACAUCCUGGCGAAAUUUGAGUUGCCGUUAGAUGACAUUUGAUGUGACAUUCCAAGAAUUUAAUUGGUAUAAUUGCCCCUUACUUCCAUGGACAUUUAGCGAUGUCUACCAUUGCCAUACAGUUUUGGCUCGUAGCCCCUGGUUUUUAGGGUUCUCAAGAGAUGCGGGGAUGAAUAAUAUCCCAGGUGUCUGCAGGAGCUUCCUUUAUCCUUGACAGCUAAGACGGGAUUGUCUCAGACAUCCUUUCACGGGAUAUGAAACAUCUCCCUAACGCCGUCCAUUAAUUCUCAUAUUCUGCAUGCUGAAGUAAACUUCUUGCUGCUACAUGCUCCCUUCACUUACAAACAAACAAACAAACAAACAAAAAACACAAACUAGCUAAUUUUGGCACUUAUUCCUAUAAAACUACUCUCAAACUAGCUUCUCAAAGUGGAUCACCAACAAGAACAAUACAAUACAGAUUCAAA